AUGUCAAUAGCUUCUGUUCCUGAUUUGAUCCAUACUCCAAUGGAACUAGUCUGUUAUUCACUCCAUGGAGGACUCAUUGAAAAGAUGGGAGUAUGGGCAAAAGAAGGUCUUAGGGAAGAUCAACAUCUUAAAGUCAUAAAAGAUCCAAUGAGAAUAACUAUACAUAACCCAGGAAUUAUGGAUAACAUAAUUCAAAUGUUUAAUAACGAUGAAUUUAUUGUGUUUGAUAUCUUCCAUGAUUCCAUUCCAACGCUUAAACAAAAAGGUUUCAUCGUUAAAGUUAGUGAAAUAUUUGGUGAUGUUAACUACCCCGUGGAAUCCAAAUUAAUCAUAGGAAAUGUGGAAGUAGCUGAUUUGACACCUAUAGCUGGUGAUGACUAUAAUGCUUCAAGCUGGGAAGAAGAUGAUGAUGAACCACCUUUAACAUCAGCUGCUGAAAAUUUAAGAGCAUCGUACUUGAUCAAUAAUAUUCCAAAUAACAAUUAA